AAUGUUAAACUCACCUAAAGAAAAAUAUUAAAGAAAAACACACAUUUUUUCACAAUAUUUAAAAAACUCAGCCACAAUAACAUACAGCAUCGCGCGUGUAAUAAUUUUUGUUAUUGUUGAGUCUGUUUGAUUAAAUUUUGAUGGCAAUAAUAUGGUUGGAUGCAUAGCCUGUUUCUAAUAAUAGUAUUCUCUCUUAUUGAGAGAGAAGAAAAAGGAAAGAGGAAAGCAAGUUACUUUACUUUAAAGCAACAGUUAGGGUUUGUGGAAGGAAUCGCAGAAGAAAGGAUUGAUUGGCUUCAAUGGGUGAGAACGGUGAGAUUUUUCCUGAUGAUGUGAUGAUAGAUAUUCUGAAAAGGCUUCCAGUGAAAUCUUUGAUGCGAUUCAAGUGUGUCUCAAAGAAUUGGGCGAAUCUCUUCAGAACCCCUCAUUUCACGGCACAGCACCUUCGCCACUCAAUUCAGAAUCGUUUUCUUCUUCUUCAGAGAAUUCAACGUUCUCCUACUUCCCCAGUGUGCUCCACUCCAACAUCCUUCUGCUUAAUUGGACCUGACCUCAGUGUUCACGAGCUUGAAUUUCUCAAUUUCGCCUCAAAUGGCGCCAAGAUUGUGGGUUCCCGCAAUGGCUUGCUGUGCUUACGUCACACCGAUCACGCUCUUUCCAUUUGUAAUCCAGCAACAAGACAAGUCACACAGGUACCUCGAACCCUAACUGAUGUCAGGACUCUUUACUAUUUUGGAUUUGGCUAUAGUCCACUUGUCAAUGAUUACAAGAUAGUGAGAAUUUGUGUAUGUGAGUCUUAUGAGUCUGAUGAUGAUGAUGAUAAUGAGGGUAAUGAUGGAAUUGUGGUUCUUGAUGACAUUCAUGUUAACCAAGUGGAAGUGUAUUCCUUAGCUAGUGGGUCAUGGAGACAAGUUGAUGCUAGCAAUUUGCAAAAUUUAUGUUUGGUAUCGAAUGCUAUUGCCGCCGGUGGAGGCAUGUUUUGGAAGGCCACCACGAGCUCCGAGCUCGAGUCCAGUCAAGAUCCUGAUGAAUGUUUGGUUUCAUUCGACAUUGGACAUGACAUUUUUAGGUUGUUAAGAGGUCCUGAAUCACACCCUUUGCCCACUACUUACUCCUCUACCUCUGUGCUAGCAGAAUACAAUGACAAACUUGUUAUGUUUCAUCAGUUUAUGAUGGGAAACUUCCAUAAUUUUAUGAUGGUAAAUGGUGAAUCUUCUCUGAUUGACUUGUGGGUAUUGGAUAACACUCAUACAUAUGCAGCUGAAGGGGAGAGAUGGAUUAAACGAUACAGGGUAGGGCCCUUUUCAAGGAUAGUAUAUCCAAUAAGUAUUUGGAGAGAUCAAAUUGUUUGCCACCGAUUGCUCGAGCAUGUUGAUGAAUCUGAAAGUCUUGCAUGUAGCAAACAUUCAGCUUGAACAGUAGUCUCCAUUUUCCGUUCACAAGAGAGGCUUGACUUGUCUAGCUCCUGUAAAAUACCAAUUAGGGUGAAUAGAAAUUUCAAUCUCGUGCAUUUUGGAUGGGAUAUUAGUUUUUUAAUUGUGGUACACGGCAGACAUCAGACUAUCGGAGCUACUUGUUUCAAUCUUUGUAACCUUGUUUUACAGGUUUGACCAUGGAUAGUUUUUAUUGUUAUAUAAUUAAAUCUGUUUGCCUAUCAUUUUAGACUGUUGAACCUUUUAAAAAGGAAUUUAGGAAUGUAUUGAAAAGUUUAAAAGUUUAUUGGUAUACGACACAUUUUUUGGGAAACGGAAGAUUGAAUAUUCAUUUUGGUCCUUGAACUUAUGAGAGUGCUCAACAUAUUGAUGAUUUAUUUCUGAAACCUUCUAAACAACUCUUCUACUUUUUUUUUUUCCUUUUUUUGUUUGAGAGGGGCAAACUUGUUUUGAGUCCCAGUGUAUCCGAGACAUCAUUGAAAAAGAAGCACAAGAUAUUUCAGAUGCUCCUACUUUUAUUCUUCCCUCUCAGGAAACAAGAAUAAUGUGGUUUUCAUCUGUAACUAU